UCGUAUUGGCGGCACAAGCUCUACAAAGGACCCCAAGGCCAGCCCGUCCUGGUGCAUUAUUGCCGUUCAAGAGAGACGACGGAGAGGGAAGCGACACUCUUCGCCACGAAACCUGUCCUGGGGUUUGACAUCGAAUGGCAACUAUGGGCAGGGCCUUCCAGUGGUAUCAAAGCCAAUGUGGCGCUAAUCCAGUUAGCUUGCGAGGACCAUAUCGGCCUCUUUCACAUUGCAUUGCAUCGAGGAGAGACGGCCGAAGAGUUGAUCGGACCGGUGCUCAAGGGCAUCCUGGAAAAUCCUGCGAUCAUCAAGACCGGAGUCAACAUUCGAGGAGACAGUACGCGUUUAGCCAAAUCUUUGAACGUAGAGAUGCAGGGAUUGUUUGAACUCAGUCACAUUUACCGUCUGGUUACUUUCGGAGUGGAUUCGCGUCAACUCGUCAACAAACGGUUAGUCAGUCUUUCCCAUCAAGUGGAGGAUAUCAUGGGAUUGCCUUUGCACAAAGGAGAUGUACGGACAAGCAAUUGGAAAGAGCCGUUGAGCUCUGAACAGGCGACUUACGCCGCGUCCGAUGCAUAUGCGGGCUUUCAACUGUUCUAUGCAUUGGAGGCGAGACGCAUGAAAAUGGAUCCUCGCCCACCGAGGCCACAUUUGGCGGAGUUGAACCUCCCAAUUCAAUUGCCAGAGGGGCUCGAGCCCGCGAAUAUCCCACUUCCCGAGUCAGACGAAGAGGUCGAGGAAUCGGAAGAUGGGGAUAGUGAUGCUCGUUGCGAAUCCAAGGUUCGGGGCUGUGCUGAUAGAGAGGUCGCACCCUUCCCCCCCGAGCCAUUCGACAAUGCAAAGCCAUCGGGGCCCAACGGUCGCGUCCGGCAAGAUGUCCACGUUGGCGCUGAAUUGAAAUCGGCUGACGAUUGGAUAUCUAAUUAUUCCAAUGCUCUACCCAACGGCCAGACGUUGAAAUCGUCCAGAUCUGCGCUUCGAGCGUAUGUAUUAUGGCACGUAUCGGGGAUGGAGCCUGCGAAGGUAGCUUCGGUUUUGCGACAGCCGCCGCUGAAGGUCGCGACCGUGUGCACGUACAUCUUGGAGAGCACUAAGGCCGAGAACUUAGAAUACGACAAAGGACGACUAGAGAAUGUCCUUCGUGAAGGGAUUCCGGAGAAUUUGUGGUGGAGGUAUAAACAAUUGCUCGGUGAUUGA